CCGCGGCCGCGUGUGUGCCUCCUCGCGAACCGUAGUAGCGCCGGUGCGGGGGGGCUGUCGGCAUGUUCCGCAUCGAGGGCCUAGGGCCCAAGAUGGACCCGGAGGAGCUGAAGCGGAAGAUGCGCCGCGACGUCCUCACCUCUGUCCGCAACUUCCUCAUCUACGUCGCGCUGCUGCGGAUCACUCCUUUCAUCCUGAAGAAGCUGGACAGUAUAUGAACACUUAAGAAGACUCAGUAUAUGAAAACAUAAAAUGGACUGUAACUGCUUUCCCCUGUUUAUUAAUUAAACAUUGUGCCAGAGGCAGACAUCCAAUAGUAAAUGGUUCUAAAAUGUUUCACUUAAGUAUAUCUGACCUGAGAAUGAUAGCCUAGUUGGGAGUAUGGGGAAGAUGUGUGUUGUCCCUGCAGGUGAAUUCUGGUCACAGAAUACUUCCUAGUAUCAUCAGGCAAUGACUUGUGAUGGACCAUUCCUUGUACUGUUUAAAGAAAAGUCCAUCUCCAUUUUGUACUAAGUGUUAAGUGCUAGCAAGUUGCUUUGUUAUGCAGCUACCUCUAAACUGCCACAUGCUAUGGUUAUCAACCUUGCUGAACCUGUCUGUAUGAAAAAUGAAGUCUUUAAUGAAUCCAGUUCACAAGCAGUUUGAUUUGAAAUAAAUGGAAGAGCACUUGUGUCACUUAA